AUGAAGGCUCUGAAUCACCCCAAUAUUGUAAAGCUACUGGAGGUGAUUGACAUGGAGGAGACAAUGUUCCUGGUGAUGGAGUACCUCAAUGGGGGGGACAUGUCCAGCCAUUUGGAGGACCACGGCCGCAUGACAGAGGAAGAAAGUGAGCAGCUGCAGGAGGACCAGAAGCCAGGGCAGAAGACCAGCAAGACUGCCAAUCCCCGACCAGCCUGGAGGCGAGGACCGUUACCUCCAGCCCAGCCCCCAGUGUGGCCCUGCGGCCUCCACCUCUACCAGCAGCAUCAGCAGCAGGACUGGAGCCCCAGAGGGAACCUGCCGCCCUCCAGUUGGCCUCCUGACAGCACUCCAGUGGUGCCACCUCCUUACUGCCAGAUCAGGGGGGUGGAGAUAACUUUCUUUAAAUAUUCUAGGCUUCUGUUUAUGAUCAGUUUGGCAUUACAGAUCAUCCACGUGGGAAACAGCUAUCAAAGAGAGAAAUAUAAAGGUAGUAGAGAAGGAAUCAACAGUGCUACAGCUCAGAAGCUCCAGCAGAAAACACUCGAUUGGACCUCGAAUAAUUUUAGGGAGGAGAACGACAGCGCGGAGGGCUGGAGGCCGCAGGGUUCAUUGCCCUACUCGCGGACUUUCCGAGAGCGUGCGCCCCCGCGGCCGCGCUGCUGCCGGAACGGCGGCACCUGCGUACUGGGCAGCUUCUGCGUGUGCCCCGCUCACUUCACCGGCCGCUACUGCGAGCACGACCAGAGGCACAGCGAAUGCGGCGCGCUGGGGCACGGAACCUGGACCUUCCGCGGCUGCCGCCUCUGCAGGUGUGUCUUUGCGGCCCUGCACUGCCUCCCGCUACAGACACCCGGCCGCUGUGACCUGAAAGACUUUCUCGCCUCACACUCUAAUGGACCAAGAACGCAGCUCACGGGGAAUGUUCUCCUCCUCCUGCCCUGCUUCCUCCUGAAAUCCGUCCUCAGCGAAGGGGGAGGCCGCUGACGGGACCGCAGUUCCACCCGGCGGAACCCGAACCGCGCCUGGCCUCCCAGCGUGGCCGAGCGAGGCGGCGCUGCGUGGGGAAGCCGGGCUCGCUUGUCCUCUUGUAUUGUCUAUAUUGUAGGUAAUAGAUUGGUUUCAUUUCUUAUCAAGGGGAGCAUUAGAUGCAUAUUUGUAUUGUUUAAUAAACAUUUGCAU